CGUCAAUACCUAAGCAUUUAUACUUGAAUCGAACAAAUAACAUCAAUAUUUAACUUUUAUACUCAUAAAAUAAAUCAUAAAAUAAAUUUUAUUAAUUAAAUUCUCUAAAAUAAAGUCAUUUUACUUAGAGAUUCGUAUAUCGAUCGUGCCGGUCAUACCGGUGGUGUCACGCCGGUUUUAUGACCGGUACCGAUUGAACCCGAUACAACCGGUGGCACGCCGGCCGGCGUGACAACCAUGAUUUUUAUGAUAUUAACUGAACUACGGUUUUAUCGCAGAUGGCAUUCCAAAAGUUCACGCUUGGCUUACGGUGGAAUGGUUACACGGAAGAGACCGGAAAGGGGGUCACCUACGUAGGUGGCAAUUUUCAGAAGAUAAAGGUCGCUACCAGACCGCUGCUUGAAGACCUCCAUCAAAUGUGCACUAACGUUACUUGCAUGGAUGGCACGAGAAGAGUUGAUCGUAUGGUGUACCGAUAUCCAAACAGAGAAAGUGGGUCAUUGUGGCAUGAGGAAUAUCUCAUAACCACUCAGGAUGAGGUAGACGCCAUGCUCGAAUUCAUGAGGUCCAACAAUCUUUCCAAAGUCGAGAUGUUCGUUUACACCGAGCCGGUCGUAGGCGUUGGAGGUCAUUCUGGACACGGUCAAACAUCUGGUAUCCAUGGUGGAGGUGAAUUAUAUGGCGAUCAUCCCUACCAAAGUUACCAUGAUCCUCAUUCAUAUUUUCAGUACCAAGAGCAAGGUGAAGGUCAUCAUCAAUCAUAUGAAGAAGAAGUUCAACCGGACCGGCCCAACCAACCUCAGUACAACUUCCACUCAGGCAGCGGGGAUGAUCACUCACGCACACCGGUUUGCCGUCGAUGGGGAGAUGGGUUAGGAUGGCGACAUCCUUUAGCGUGAUGGUGGCCUCUCCUUCUCUAAAGUUGAAACAAUGGGUCUCCUUUCUCCAUCUCUCAACUAGGGCGGUGAUGAGUUGGCGAUCAACUUUGAUGCCGUUAAAAUGCCUAAUCGGGUCCAACCAUGCCCUUUUGAGAAAGGGCAAGAUAGCUGGGUGGAAUGGGAGGACAUUGAUCGUACCCUGUAGCGGAUUAUUGUUUGUGCCUCCUAGGGAAAAUUUACAUGUUAAUUAUUAUAUAUUAGUAAGGGUUUAUUCCUUAUAUAUUAGUAAGGGUUUAUUCCUUAUCAUAUAAAGAUAUUUCAUAGAAUUAACAUAAUAGCAUUCUAAAUUAAUAAUAAUUUAAAGAGAUACAUACAUAUUAUCAUAAAACAAACAUCCUGAAUUAAUUAACAUAAUAACAUUCUAAAUGAAUAAUAAUUUAAAGAGAUACAAACAUAUUAUCGUAAAAUAAACAUACUAAAUUAACUAAAUUAAAUGACAUUGUUAAUGAAUCAUAAUUUAAAGAGAAACAUACAUAUUCAAAUGUUUGAAAUUAAUAAAAUUCCUUUUGUACACAUCAAAAUAAAUCGUAAGGGUUGUUUGGUAAAUUAUUUAAUCGUGUUGGUUGUUUUAAAUAAUUUAAUCGAAUACAAUGCAACACUCGUUAGACUCUUAGAAGAGGUAUACAUCUUCUUAGAAACGCAGUCUUUUUGAUAGAAAAAGGGGGGAUCCGAGGAUCUCUUAAUACCCGAUUUUCCCAGGGAAUGGGAGGAUAUGAUAAUCGCUUAAAACCCCAUUUCCUUAGACGUGCAUCUCUUUAUAAAGAGUCGAAGUAAGUGGCGCUAUGUAUUCGAUUAAAUUAUUGAAAACAACCGACACGAUUAAAAAUUCAACAUAAAUUUAUUUUAUAUUCCACUAAAUACAUUAACAAAAUAAAAGAAGGACAAAUGGUAAAGAAUUGUAUGUACCGGGUGAGCGUUCCAAACAUCCCUUGAGCGAUGGUUGGGUUGGUCGUACAAGUCGGUUGGAUCCAACGGUCCUUGCUCGAGAUAAUACCGUUGGUUGUAUAUAUCCACGUCCUCCCCAACCUACGAGAAAAUAACAACGAGGUUAGUACAUAGAUUAAUUAAAAAGCUUAUAACAACAACAAAAAUUAAACCAGAAUAAUGAGUACGUACUGCUUGAAAUUCAUCAACAUAAACUCCUUCUCCUUGCCACCAUUCGGUUAUUUUUUCGGCGCAAUUCGGACAGAGCUUCGGCUCGGCUCGGCGGGUUUUGAUGAAAAAACCUAAGAAAUGUUUUCUGAUGGCAGAUCGGACUUAGCCGCAACCAACAGACCACUAAUUCCUAGGAUUUUGGGAGGGGGAGGGUUUAGAGAGAUAAAUUGUAGAGAGAGAAGGAAGAAUGGGUUGUGGUGUGAAGAAAUGAGAGGGGAAGGGGGGUAUUUAUACCCAUCAUAUCGCACCCUCCAGGGGCGAUCGGGGUAAUUUUCCCCUAGCGCGAAUCGCUCUCUUCCAAUGCGAUUUGCGCUUCCCUAGGCGCGGAUUGCUCCGCUGGCAAGCGAUCUGGAAUCCUCGGCGCGGAUCGCUCCGCUGGCAAGCGUUGAGCCGCCCGAUCGUCCCUCCUUCCAACGAUCUUGAAGAUCGUUCCGCAGCAGCACUAAAACACACUGACCUAUUGCGAUUUGUUAUAUGGAACGCACCCCUCUGAUGCGUUUUAUAUGUAGAACGCAUCUUUCCGGUGCGUUUUACCUUUAAAACGCAUCUUAGGGGUGCGUUCCAAAAAAAUUGGUGCUAGUUUUGUAAAAAAAUUUAUAUGGGUGC